AUGGACCCGCCAGAACCGGUUGCGAGCACGUCCAAACUUCAGGAUGUGUCCCAUCUCGCCGAUCUGCUCACCUCAGGGCCCGCUGACAAGACCGCAGCGAGUUCCCUCAAUCAGCCUGGGUCAAAGGACUACCUAUCCCAGCUAACGACAUUCUCGAUAUCAGACUUGUUCGCAGAACCGACGACGCUGCAAACUCAGGCCCACCACUUGACCUCCAGCCUUACCUCCUUAACGCACACAUCAUAUCCCACCUUCCUCUCAUUACAUCGGACAACCUCAGCGCUCACAAACUCGUUGGAAAGCUUGGCUUCGUCUCUGGACUCUUUGCUCAACAAGAGCCUUCCAGCCUUGGAGGAAUCCGCGACGAAUUGGAAGCAGCGAACGGAAGAAGUGUUGCGGGAACGGGGACGGGCAAGAGUAGUUCUCGACCAGCACGACAAGAUUCGCGACUUGCUGGAUAUCCCGCUUUUAAUAGACGCUUGUGUCAGGAAUGGAUAUUUUGCAGAAGCAUUGUCCUUGUCCUCGCAUGCAAAGGCUCUGUCGUCGAGUCCGUCCUUCCAGGACAAAACCCCGCCUCUGGUCCUUCAAUCAGUGCUAUCGGAAGUGCACAACUCGAUAACUCAAAUGCUUUUGUCCCUUUUGGCCACAUUGUACGAACCCAAUAGGAAGCUCCCCGCUCUGUGGAAGGCCGUCAACUUUCUUCGAAAGAUGGACGCCUUCGGUCCUUCCUCACCUUUCGCUUCCCUGGAGGGCAAAUCCAAGACACGAGUCUACCUCUCCUCCGAAGAUAUCGUCAAUCCAGAAGACGAAAUUACGAACGAAGAACAGAUCGCACUCGCCUUCCUCGUCGGGAGGGAAACUUGCCUCAAGUCCUCCCUGGAAACAGUCGGAAAUGACGUUUCGCGGCUUUCGAAAAACGAGGACCUGGAUGACAGGGAGAAGGAUGAUCUGGCGAGGUAUCUGAAGAAGUAUAUCGACGUGUGGAGGGAAGGUGCAUACGAUGUGAUCACGCAGUAUACGACAAUCUUCCUGGAAAAAUCCUCGACAUCCGUCCCCGCAUCCAAUAGAACACCGGUGUCGGCGUCAUCGUCCGCGAACCAAGGACAGGAACUACUCCGUCUCCAUUCCCUCAUCACGACAUUCGCCUCGCAUACCCUCAACACACACCUCAUCCCGAUCCUUGCCCCAGCACUCCCAUUGCUCUCCCUUUCCCUAUUACCAUCUCUCCUUACCCAACUCACCUACUGCUCGACGGCAUUUGCAAGAGUGGGCUUGGACUUCCGCGGCAUCUUAUCACUUCUGUUCGCCGAUGCCAUACUUCAAGUCGUAGGUCGGGAUGUCCGAGCAGCCAGUGAUCAGUGGCUGAGUCGCCUACGCAAAGCGUCCGGUGCAAACUCGACCAACACAAGGGAUCGCAAGCAAGUUUCACCUCCCUCGAAAUGGCUCAUUGCCACGUCAGCUGUCUCUUCCCCUCCUCUUCCUGCUCCGAAUGCAGUCCAAGGUCCCCCACACAUCCCACCACAGAUUCUGGCAUCAUAUCCUCCCCUGGCAGAGCAUACAAACUCCCUUCUAGGGGUAUUCAAUGCCCUCCGGUUACUUGCUCCUCUCAGCAUCGUCUCCGAUCUUGUCGAAGUCGUCGACGAUGUCUUGGCUGAAGGCGCGAACGCCCUCUUAACCUACCUCAAGGCUUUCACCAUCAACCUCGCACAGAGUACAGCUGUAACAGACGACGAACUCGACCGCCGGAAACGCGAUAAACGCGUCGCUUUGGCCAUUGGGGAGGUGUACCUCACUGUGUUCCUUCCGUUCAUCCGGAGAGCUUUGGUUCAAGGUGUUUAUAGCAGUCAGGUGGAGGUCAAAUCGGAAACAAACGAGACGAAGCUGAAGGAGGUGCAGACGAAAUGGGAUAAACUCAAAAUGGAGUUGGAACAGUCCGGUCCGUAG